AUGAUUAAAGAUGAAGAUAAGAAGAUGAAUUGGGUUACUUUCGAUGGAUCGUAUGACUUAGGUUAUAUAAUUCAAUGCAUGACCGGACGAGAAAGUCUUCCCGACACAUCACAAGGGUUUCAAGAAACGGUUCAGAAACUUUUAGGGCUAACUUUCGAUGUGAAGAAACUUGCGGGACAGUGCAAAGGACUCAACAGUCGUUUCGGGUUGCAAAGAUUAGCGGACGAGCUUGGUAUCAGACGUGUCGGAGAAGCGCAUCAUGCUGGAUCCGACAGCCAUCUGACUGCUCGUGUAUUCACCAACUUAAGUCGCACUUUGUCUCGUGACCUAAAGAGAAAGCGAGAAUACGAGCAUCUGCAACAAUACACUGACAUGCAGGAAGCUACUGAACGAGAGCUU